GAAACACGUCUGCUUGAUUAUUCUCAUUUUUUUCGAGGUGCAAACGGGGAGAAUUAAUCACCGCUGCUCGCAAACUAUGAACGAGGAGAUGACAAAAAGCGACGAGCAGCAUCUGAGUUUGCAGAAAGCUUUGCAGCAGUGCGAGUUGGUGCAAAACAUGAUUGACAUCAGCAUUUCCAGUUUGGAGGGUUUACGGACCAAAUGUGCCACAUCCAACGACUUGACACAAAAAGAGAUCCGGACGCUGGAGGGGAAGCUGGUGAAAUACUUCAGCCGCCAGCUGUCCUGUAAGUGCAAAGUGGCCUUAGAGGAACGCAGCGCCGAGUUGGAGGACUUCCCUCGUCUCGGCCACUGGUUCCGCAUCGUCAACAUGAGGAAAGAGGUCACACAGGAGAUGAGUCCAGGUGAGGUGACCCUGGAGGGCCUGCUGGAAAUGAGUGAGGAGCAGGUGUGUGAGCUGCUGCAGACGUUUGGUGCCAAUGAGGAGGAGUGUGCUCGUCUGAACGCCUCUCUCUCCUGUCUCAGAAAAGCCCACCAGCUCGAACAACUUGAGGAGGAUAAAUUGCACAGUAAUGGAGGGAGCCAAGCAAAGCAGGACUGGUCCAUCCAGUGGCCCACCUCUGAAUCAGGCAAAGAGAACACCCCUGUGUGUCAGCCAGAGGCCAGUCAGUGGAUCCGGUUCCAGCUCUCUCAAAGCCCCAAAGUCCAGUCCAAGUAUAACCAGCACAUGUGCCACAGUCCCCAGGCCUUGGCUCCCCCUCUGCACGUUGAGCGACUUACUGUCGACAGCCCUGCCACAGGACUCUUCCCUCCUUUGGAUUCUGGUCACCGCUCCCUCCCACCAUCACCCCGUCAAAGGCAUUUUGGACACACACCUCCUCGGACUCCAUUAGUGGUCAACACCAUGACCCCACCUGGCACUCCCCCAAUGCGACGAAGGAACAAAGUGAAGGCUCCGGGGACCCCACCUCCGCCAAGCCGCAAGCUCAUUCAUCUGCUGCCUGGCUUCACCGCACUCCACCGCAGCAAGUCCCAUGAGUUCCAGUUGGGGAAUCGUUUGGACGACAUGCACACACCAAAGGCCAAGAAGAAGACAAAGCCCUUGAACCUUAAGAUCCACAGCAGUGUGGGCAGCUGUGAGAAUCUACCCAUCCAGCGCUCGCCCCUGCACACUGAACGAUCUCUGCGAUCCUUCUUCUUCCCAUCGUUCAUCCCAUCCACGCCUCCUGUCCACGUUGAAACACCUUCUGGAAACACGCUGUCAGUGCCUCGCUGGUCCCCACAGAUUCCUAGAAGAGAUUUGGGAAACUCGAUAAAACACAGAUUUUCCACAAAGUACUGGAUGUCCCAGACAUGCAUAGUAUGUGGAAAGGGAAUGUUGUUUGGACUGAAAUGUAAAAACUGCAAGCUGAAGUGCCACAAUAAAUGCACCAAAGAAGCUCCACCUUGCCAUUUACUGAUCAUACAGCGAGGUGGUCGAGAAUCCCUCAGAGUAUCCUUUCUCUGCUCCCUCUUCUUCCCUCCUCAAAAAGAUCAUCAUGGAACAACUCAAGCUCGGCUGGUACGGACUGAAUCUGUGCCAUGUGACAUCAACAACCCGCUCAGGUACACAGACCUGCACGUCAGUCAGACACUCCCCAAAACCAACAAAAUCAACAAGGACCACAUCUCAGUCCCAUACCAACCAGACUCCAGUAGUAAUCCCUCAUCCACCACCUCCUCCACACCCUCCUCCCCAGCUCCGCCUCUGCCCAGCAGUGCCACACCCCCUUCUCCACUACAUCCCUCCCCACAGUCAGCACGGCAGCAGAAGCAGUUCAACUUGACAGCCUCCAGUUAUUUCAAAUACAAACAGCAGUUCAUCUUUCCAGAUGUUGCUCCAGAGGCUCCUCCAAGCAGAGCACCACAGGUCAUCCUGCAUCCUGUCCUGUCGGAGCCAGAGAAUGAGGGCAACCCUUUGCUUCAGAUCGAAGUUGAACCUACAUCAGAUAAUGAGGAAGGCAACAAUGAGGACUCUGGUGACGAGUUUGAAGAGAUGAACCUGUCACUUCUGUCUGCUCGCAACUUCCCGCGCAAGGCCAGUCAGACCAGCAUCUUCCUGCAGGAGUGGGACAUUCCGUUUGAACAGCUGGAGAUUGGGGAGAUGAUUGGUAAGGGACGCUUUGGCAAAGUUUUCCACGGACGUUGGCAUGGUGAGGUGGCAAUCCGCUUGAUUGACAUUGAGCGUGACAACGAGGACCAGCUCAAGGCCUUCAAGCGUGAGGUGAUGGCGUACCGCAAUACUCGCCAUGAGAAUGUCGUCCUCUUUAUGGGGGCCUGCAUGAGUCCUCCACAUCUGGCAAUCAUCACUAGCUUGUGUAAAGGCAGGACACUUUUCUCAGUGGUGCGAGAUGCCAAGGUAGUCCUGGAUGUGAACAAGACCAGACAGAUUGCACAAGAGAUGGUCAAGGGCAUGGGCUACCUUCAUGCUAAAGGGAUCUUGCACAAAGACAUGAAGUCCAAGAAUGUGUUCUAUGACAACGGCAAAGUGGUCAUUACUGAUUUUGGACUGUUCACCAUAUCUGGAGUUCUGCAGGCUGGAAGCCGGAGAGAAGACAAACUGAGGAUCCCUAAUGGCUGGUUGUGUCACUUGGCCCCAGAAAUCAUCCAGCAACUCUCUCCAGACACAGAGGAGGACAAGCUUCCCUUCUCCAAACAAUCAGAUGUCUUUGCUUUUGGAACCAUCUGGUAUGAGUUACAUGCACGUGAGUGGCCUUACAAGAGUCAGCCAGCGGAGGUGAUCAUAUGGCAGAUUGGCAGUGGUGCAAAGCCGAACCUCACGCAAACCGGCAUGGGGAAGGAGAUAUCAGACAUCCUGCUCCUCUGCUGGGCUUACAAGCAGGAAGAGAGGCCCAGUUUCUCCAAGCUGGUGGAUUUACUGGAAAAGUUGCCAAAAAGAAACCGCCGCCUUUCCCACCCUGGGCACUUCUGGAAGUCAGCUGAGCUGUAGCGGAGGCAUCAACGCGACUGUGUCUUUGUGUGAAGCUCGUCGUCAGCUCUGCUCAUACGCGCUUCACUGCCCUACCUCCUGCCCACCCGCUCUUGCUCCGCCCUGUCUCCACCGUCCUCCUCCCACUCCUUCUUGUUCCAGCUAUAGCACAUACAUGUUUCCCCCACCCAACGCCUGAUUGGACCCUUUAGCGGUCAGUAUUGGCCCACUUCUCCGGAGUGGGUAAUGCCGCACACUUACAAACAGAGAGGCCUUUCUCCACAAUAUGCCUGAAACUCCUCCCCCACCAAAAAUGACCCACUUGUAUUUCCUGUUGACCAAUUUUCAACAGUACGUACAGUUCAUGCUACACCAUUCAUGUCAUGCUGCAACUCAUCCUCUGCUGCAAAUAUGUUUUUUGAUACCAUGAAUGCAAAACACAGUGUUCUUGUCUUUUUGUAGGGAACGCUUCAGACAAAUCCUAAAACAAUUAGCUGCAAUGCCGAGUAUGCAAAUGAGCCAGUUUAUCAUUGGAGCUACACCACACAGGUCCAUCACGCUUUGAUAUGUGCAUUCCUGCAGUACAAGGUUUAUCUGUAGUUUUUCUUAAAGAAAAAAAGAAUCUAACUUCACACCACAGCACACCUGGAGCUUUGUGCAGUUGUGCAGAAAAUCGAGAUACGCACAAUAGCAAUUCCACAGUCAGGAGGAUAAGUGCCUUGCUCAAGGGCAUCUCAGAAGAGGUACAAACAAGUGUCUUUGUGUUUAAUUUUGUCAUGUUGAAUGCAGA